CUUACAAUCAUUGAGCCCAACAUUAUAAACAGGGUUUUUAAUGAAUUGUCAAGUGAACAAGUUACUAAAAAAAAAUCUUCUAUCAUUUUAUCACAUGGCACUUUUCACAGUAACUAUGUUGUUUUACAUGAAGGUGGCAAAAUUAAAAUUGAAACUAGCGCAUUAAAAAAAACUAGUUACAGAUUUGCUGAGUUACUUUCCUUCGAAUUCCAUAAAAAUGCUGCAACGCCAGAAACAAGUUGGAUCUGGAAAUGUAUUCAUUCCUAGAACAAGUUACUCCAUGAAAGUUUUGAAAUGGUAACAAUUAUAAAAAUGUCUCAUUGUGAAAACCGAGCUUCAUUGCUCACUUAAAAUUACAGGUGGGUGCUUUGUGGUUUAACUGAAGAAUGCAUGAAUCCUCCUGGAGCUCGACAAGAGUGCGUGUUUGGACCAGACGCUGAUAAAGACUAUGCUGAAUGCUUCAGGUCAGUAUGGAUUUUUUGAACAUCUUUCAAAUACUCCAACAGACAAUGUUCAGAUAUGACCAAUCAAUAUUGAAUCUUCUUCUGCUUAACGAUUUUCAGACAACUGAACAUUUCUUUUCGCAAAAUUUGAAAAAUUCUUCCAUUCGAUUACACUA